GUAGACUCGAAGUCGACUUGCACGAUCGAGUGAGGCGGCCGAGUCGGUUUCGCACGGGCGAAGACGCGCGAGCAAACGCUUUUCUCUGGUUUUAGUCGAUCGCCGUAGCUCGCGCACGACGCUUGGCUGACGCAGUGCCGCUUCCACGAUCCAGAGACCCCGAAUAGAAACAUCGUACGAAACGACGCACGACGCAUCCCCCAGCCCACGUGCACGACGCUCGAUCCUUCCUCGAUCCGUUUCAGUCGAGUCUGUGCCCGAACUCUCGAAUGUUCCGCCAUUAGUGUCUCUCCCCUUUUUCUUUUUAUUUUUCUCUCCUCCACCACGGACACGACCCCUCGUUUAUUAUCGGUCUUCCUGCGAGGGACCGGCGCACACAUAGAUCCUUUGUUUUCAUCGGGCUCGUCCCCUUUUACUUCGCUCCGAACGCAACGUCCUCGAGGAUAGAUUGAUCGAUCGGUUUCGAUUAAAGUGCUCGUACAUCGGCAGGAAACGAUCGAUAAGGUUUGCGCUGGCAUUCGUAAAACUGGUCGGGCUUCUUUUUCUUCGAUUGUGUAUUGGGAUCGAUCGGAAAUCCCGGGGCUGAUAAGCAAGGUGCGCCGGGAAAACGGAGUGCGGCCCGAUCGAGAGAAAACACCGGGCGACACUUGUUUGCGGCUCUGCUCAGAGUUUCCGUGACAGGACUCAUCGCAAAGAUUCCAUUGAACUCAAUCUUUUGAAGAUGGAAAGAUUGUAUCUGAAUGUUUUCUUCCGAUACAGAUGCCAUAGCAGGAAUUCCAGUUUCUGCAAUAGGCAUAACACAUUAACGAAAAUAAAACGUGAACCUAUCGCAAAGAAACGAAAUAGCUGCACGACCAGGCAGUGAUAUGAAGAAUACGCAAAUCAACAAUUAUGUGGGUGUGAAUGGCAAGCAUGUCUCUAAUGGUAAAGAGGAUGUUAUCGACAAAGAGGAGGAGGUCGAUGCCGUGCAGGAGGCGAUCGGUACUCUUGGCCGAUGGCAAAUUUGCGUGUGCCUGGCAAUCUCGCUGGUGAAAUUCCCAAUCGCUUGGCACCAGCUCGCUAUCGUCUUCAUGGCGCCUCAUCAAGAGUACAACUGUACCGCGCCAGCUACCGCGGAAUCGGCUGACCAGUGCAUAGUCAAUGUCAAUGGUACGUUGACGGAGUGCGCCGAGUGGGAGUACGACAGAGGCACGUUCUCCGAGACGAUCAUAUCGCAGUGGAACUUAGUAUGCAGUCGAACGCAUUACGCCAAUAUCCAGCAAUCUAUUUUGAUGUUCGGCGUACUUUUGGGCAAUAUUAUAUUUGGCAAUCUAGCAGAUAGAUAUGGUAGAAAGAUGCCGUUGAUGGUAUCCGUGGUUCUCCAGCUGAUUUCCGGUAUUGGCUGCGCAAUUGUGCCAUGGUUCCCGGCGUUGUUACUAAUGAAAUUGCUCAGCGCCUUGGCCACCGGUGGCACGAUGGUUACUAGCUACGUCAUUUGUAUGGAGAUCGUUGGCACGCAAUGGAGAGCGGCCAUCACCGUGCUUUAUCAAAUUCCAUUUAGUUUAGGCCACAUGUCACUGGCUGGUCUUGCAUUUUUCUUCCGCCAUUGGCAACAUCUGCAAAUUGCGAUCACGUUACCAUCUAUAAUUCUGUUAAGCUACUGGUGGAUCGUACCUGAAUCUCCAAGGUGGUUGUUGGCGUUCGGCAAACAACGGGCGGCUUGUAAAGUUCUACAAAAGGCCGCUAAUAUUAAUAAAAUUCAAAACAAGGACAUUCCAGAGUUGGUCAAACGACAUUGCCUACAUCAGAAUUCCAAGCGGUCAGAAUUGGACAACAAAGCAACUUUCGUGGACCUCUUCCGCACCCCGAACAUGAGGGUAAAGUCGUUGUCGAUCUUCUUCAAUUGGAUCGUCUGCGGAAUGGGACUGUUCGGGAUGUCUCAAUACAUAGGACAAGUCGGUGGCAACAUUUUCGUUAAUUUCACCGUAUCCGGUGCGAUUCAGAUACCCGGAAAUUUCGUUGCUUGGUGGGCAAUGAACAGAUUGGGAAGGAGGAUCACAUUGAUCGCUAGCAACACGAUUACUGGCGUUGCCGCUCUUUUGCUCAUCGUCAUCUCGAAUGAUAUCGCGUGGCUCCGAUUGAUUCUAGUCUGCCUCGGCAUCGUUGGAAUGUCGGUCUCCUUCACUACAGUUUACCUGUUUUCCGGUGAACUGUUCCCCACAGUAGUUAGAAAUAUUGGCGUGGGCACCAGCAGCAUGUGCGCGAGAAUAGGUUCUAUCACGGCGCCAUUUGUGGUCUCUUUGGAUCAUAUUCAAACAUGGCUUCCGCCGCUCUUCUUCGGAGUUCUCCCACUCGUCGGUGCCGCCCUCUGUCUUCUUCUACCAGAGACCGUUGGGUGCACGCUUCCGGAAACACUUCACGACGGCGAAGAAUUUGGAAAGAAACCUCACAAAAUGAAGAAAAAGCAGAAGGACAUUGAAGCGGAAGCGGCGCUUUAAACGACGACUGCCAGAAACGCCGGGCAAAGAAGUGUUCGCUAAAAAUUCAUUAGCGAAGUGCGAUGGAAAAAUUAUAGAGAUCGAGAACAUUGAUUUUCAUAGAGUGAUUAGGUGUACAUAUAAGUAAUACUGAGAUCAUUCCGCGUUCUUAUUUAUUAUAUUACAUCCACGAUUUCAAUGGUAUCCGAAGAAUACUGUUUUUUCUUCAUGCAUUCGAAAAUAUCAGUUUCACACUCCAACAGAUUCUUUUGUCCUUCACGUUCAACGAACUUACACAACGUACUGGUACAUAAAAAUGGAGCAUUCUUUUAAUUCAUGCAUCGAGUGCCAAACGAACGUCCAUAAAAAUCUCAAGAAAUCGAAACAAUUUAUUCGAUGAAACGAUAAACUACGAACAUGAGAUUUAUCAGAACAAUAUCUCUAUUGACUUUUUCUUGCAUCUAAUAGAUCCUAAGAAGAUUUUGUUCGCUUGGUAUAUUACAACGAAAAUGAACUAUUAAGUUUGGACGAAUAAUUGUAUUACCUACGUACGACUGGCAUGCCAGUCGAAACGUUGAAGUGAAUUCAGUCGGAAUUCACUGGACAAAUAUUUUUGAUAUCGGUGUUUACAAAAAAAGAAAAAAAAUGGAGAGUGUUAUCUACUGCCAAAUAACAGUUGUAAAAGAAGUGCCUUGUAUCAUUUAUAUGCGAAUGUACAAAUAGAUCUUUUAUUUUAUAAGUAAAAAAUUUCAUUUCUGGACAUCCAUUCCCAAUUUCUGUUACAUUCUAAUUGAAUAGUUGUGUCUUAUUUUUUAAGUAAAAUAUCGAGGAAAACAAUGGAAGAAACAAAUAGGUAGAUUUCAGCAAAAUUAUAAAGUGUCAAUAAAUAUAUAAAAUUGAAAAAAUUAAAGUAUCCGUCACAGUACGUACCAAUAUAUUAUUUAACUUCUCUCUUUUGCUGUAUUUUAUUAGUUUUGUCAAAUUAAAUAAAUAAUUAAAUCACUAAGCUAUUAGUGAAUAAUUUACGACUAUUAUU